AUGGCGCCCUUAAGAGCAUCCAUUGACAACUGAAGCCAGGAUGUCGCCAUAUUUUCUGAAGACACCUUCCGGGUCCCUUAACCCGGCUAAAUCCAAGGUGCCAUGAAGUGAAUAAACACCGAGGGAUUUUGUUUGUCCCCAUCACAACCCCCGAAUCCCUAGCUACCAGCUACCUCGGUGCCCUCGACUGCGUUCGGACGCCAAGGCUGGGCGGGGCCCCGACCUCCGGAGCCCUUCCUGCGGACGACGAAAGCUGAGGCCGCGCGCAGGGAGGCGGUGGCCUCGGGGACAGGACGGCCACUGCUCGGGGCCGGGAGGCCCCAUGGCGCCGCCCCCAGCCCCGCUUCUGGCGCUGAGACCGGGGGAGACCGGGCAUGGUUACAAGAAGCCCGGGGCCGUGAACUUCGCGGACGUGGCCGUGUACUUCUCCCCGGAGGAGUGGGGUUGUCUGCGGCCCGCGCAGAGGGCCCUGUACCGGGACGUGAUGCGGGAGACCUACGGCCACCUGGGCGCGCUCGGAUUCCCAGGCCCCAAACCAGCCCUCAUCUCUUGGAUGGAACAGGAGAGUGAGGCUUGGAGCCCCGCCGCCCAGGAUCCUGAGGAGGGGGAAAGCCUGGGAGGAGCUCUGAGAGGAGACACCCCAAACAAGAAGAAAGCAGCACGGGAGGAAGGGCCGGGAGCCAAGGGACCCAGAAAGACUCCCGGCAAGGAGCCUUCGAAAGAGCUGGUUAAACACAACCCUGACUGGACCGUCAGAAAAGUUUCCAGCAGAGCACAGCCGGCCACCAGUGCUGCCUGGAACCAGAACACAGGCGUACAGUCCUCAGCCCCAGCGCCCAGCGUGGACACUCAGGACAGCCAGCGGCGUCACGUGUGUGCAGACUGUGGCCGCCGCUUCACCUACCCCUCUCUGCUGGUCAGCCACCGGCGGAUGCACUCAGGGGAGCGGCCCUUCCCCUGCCCCGAGUGCGGCAUGCGCUUUAAGAGGAAGUUCGCUGUGGAGGCGCACCAGUGGAUCCACCGCUCCUGCUCUGGGGGGCGGCGGGGCCGGAGGCCCGGCAUUCGGGCUGUGCCUCGGGCUCCCGUGAGGGGUGACCGGGACCCACCUGUGCUGUUCCGACACUACCCAGACAUCUUUGAGGAGUGCGGGUGAGCCCCUCGCGCAGGCUGGAGUUGAGCUUGAACUUGGACUGCCUGAGCCCUGAGGGGGGCUCCGGUGGCAGGGAUUUGGGAACCGAAAUUAAUCCCUUGGGCUUCCCUCAAGGAUCCCUCAAGUUUCAAAACUUGUAAAAAGAAAAGUGCCUGUAAAGAUACAAAUAGAUUAAAUUUGACUCGCCCCAGUCUUUCUAAA